AUGCCAUCGUUUGAUCCCACAAAUGUAAACUUAGACACUGCCAGCGUGGAGGACAUAUACUGUUACCUGCAGUUGUCUGGUAAUGAUUACAAUGGACACCUGGGUGCACGCAUCUCUGCGAUAUUUGUGAUCCUGAUAACAUCAUCAGCAUGUACGCUUUUUCCAGUGGUAGCCAAGCGAAUACCACGCUGGAAUAUCCCAUACCCUGUCUAUCUCUUCGCUCGAUACUUCGGUACGGGUGUUAUUGUCGCAACCGCAUUCAUCCACCUAUUGGAUCCAGCGUAUGGAAGCAUCGGCAGCACAACCUGCGUGGGCGUAUCGGAGCAUUGGGCAGAUUAUUCCUGGUGUCCUGCCAUUGUUCUCGUGUCUGUGCUCAUGGUGUUCCUGAUGGACGUGGCUUCCGAAGUAUACGUCGAGCGCGUAUAUGGGGUGGAAAAAGAGCACGACGCGACCGACCGGUUUCUGGCCCAAGCAAACUUAAUCCAGAGCGACGACGAGAGUACAGUCAAUGACGAUGCUGCUGGAAUCAAGCAGCCUGGAAUUCAAGAUGACAUUUGCUCAGUCGAAUCCGAGCGCUCAUUCCGCAAAGAUAUCGCUGCCUUUCUUAUUCUGGAGUUCGGCAUUAUCUUCCAUUCGGUAAUUAUCGGACUUAACCUGGGAGUGACUGGCGACGAGUUCACGACUCUGUACCCCGUGUUGGUCUUCCAUCAAGCAUUUGAAGGUCUUGGAAUAGGCGCCCGAAUGUCUGCGCUUCGCUUUGGCCGACAUUGGUGGCUGCCGUGGGUUCUCUGCAUGGCAUACGGCCUCACUACGCCAAUUUCGAUUGCUAUCGGCAUAGGGGUACGCACAACGUAUAACUCGGGAUCUAGGACAGCAAACAUUGUCCAGGGCGUAUUGGAUGCUGUCUCAGCCGGCAUUCUGAUCUACAGUGGAUUAGUGGAAUUGCUGGCUCGCGACUUUCUGUUCGACCCAGACCGGGCUAAGCGGCGGUCGCAUCUGCUGGGAAUGAUCUUCUGCGUAUUGCUGGGAGCCGGCAUCAUGGCACUUAUUGGGAAGUGGGCAUGA